AUGGAUUUAAGUAUUCAAGAAAACGAUAAUUGGGUACAAUGUGAUAAAUGCGAAAAAUGGAGGAAAUUACCUUCAAAUACUGAUAUAAGUAAAUUAACAAACACAUGGUAUUGUAGCUUAAAUGGUGAUACUCGAUACAAUUCAUGUGAAAUAGAAGAGGAAAAUGUUAUUUCUUCUCAAUACAAUUUAAACAACAACAAUAUUUCUACAAAUAAUAAUCCUACUAAUCUUUCCGAUGAAUCAUAUAAAAAUGUGGAUUCAUUAAAAGAUGGUACUAAAUUCGAAAGUGAAUUUUAUAACAAUAAAACCCAGGUACAUAUGAAUAACAAUAAAAUAUACGUGAGUAACAAUAAUGAGAUAAAUAAUUACCAACAUAAUGCUGAAACUCGUAAACAAAUAAAUAAUAUUCACAAUGAAGAAAGUAUAUCACAAAAUAGUAAUAAUUUAAAUAUAUAUAUAAACCAAAGAAAUAAUAUUUUUUUUAAUCACAAUUAUGAAAAUAAUAUUUUAUCAAAUAAUAUAAUUUCAUCUAACUAUAAUAAUAAAAAUAAAUAUGACAUUAAAAAAAAUAAAGAAGAUAAAAAAAAACAAAAAAAUAAAUAUAAUACUAACAAAAAAGAAUAUGAAAAUGAAACUAUUUUAAAUAAUAUACCUUUGGAUUUUGGAAAUUAUUCUGGAAAGGGUGUUAUUAAAUCCCCUUCCAAAAUUAUCAAAAAAAUAAAUCAUAAGAAAAAGCAAAUAAAUAGUGAACAAAACAACGUAUUUAGUAGUUUCAUAUAUAGUUAUGAUGAAAAAUUUUAUAAUCAUAAUAAUAACUAUACAAUUAAUAUGCUGUAUUCAAAAUAUAGCAAAAAAAAUAUAAAUAAAUUUAAUAGGAGCAAUAGUGAUGGAGAUAUAUAUAGACAUUUCAAAAGUCGAAUAAGUUUUAAUACCCAAUAUUAUAGUGAUACAAAUAGUGAUUGUCAUUUUAGAGAUAAUAUAAGAAUGCAUAAAAAAAAUUAUAACAAUAAUAAUAAUUCAUCAUUCUAUUCAUCUAUGCAUUCUAUUGUCAACAAUAUAUUGAAGAAAAAACAAAAAACAAGGAAACAAUCAAAUGAUAAAAACAAAAAUGAAAAAUACUUAAUAACAUCAUUAAAUAGUAGUAAUCUGCAAAAAAAUUCAAAUAAUGUAUUAAAAGAAAAUAAAAAUCAUAAAAAAAAAAGUAACAAAUAUAAUAUAAGUGAUGAAGAAGAAUUUGAUGAUACAAAAAUAAAAAAAAAUAAAAAAAUAAAAGAAAUUGUUCAUAUAAAAAAUGAAAUAGAUCUAAAUGAAAGCUAUGAUAAAAAUAGUAUUGAUAAUAAAGAUGUUUCAAUUUUUCAAAAUAUUUGUAAAGAUGAAACUGGUAAUAUUAUAGGUGAAAAUAACUCAAAAGAAACUAAUAAAUAUAUUCAUAAUAUGAAUAAAAUAAAAAAUUAUAUUUCAAAAAAAAAUGAAACAAAUUCAGAAAAAAAAAAAAAUCAUGAUAUAAAAAUAAAUCAGCCUAAUUUUAACCAAAAUAAGACUAACAAAAGUGACAAAAAUAUCAAUAUCGCUAUAUAUAACGAAACGAAUUUAAAUUCAAAUAGUUAUAAUAGUGAAAAUGUAUUAAUUAAUAAAAAUCAUAUGGGUGAUGAUAAUAAAAAUUAUUUAGAAAAAAAUAACAACCCAUUAAAUAAUGUAGUAAAUUGGGUACAAUGUGAAAAUUGCAAAAAAUGGAGAAAAGUUGAUGCACAUGUUAAUGUUACCAAAUUACCAGAUGAAUGGUAUUGUUCAUUAAACUUUUGGAACAAAUAUAAUAAUUGUGAUGCCGAAGAAGAAAUAUAUAUAGAAGAUAAUCUUACUCAUAAAAAUAUAAAUAAUUUAGAAAAAAAUCAAAAUGAUAAUAUUCUCGAUAAUUUUCCCAAAGACAAAAAUGAUAAAAAUUCAAAACAAGGGAAAACUAAAGGAAAGAAUAGUGUAGAUAAUAAUAAUAAUAUAAAACAUAAAAAUUAUAAAAAUUGUAAAAAUUUGACGAAUAAAUAUGAAAUUAACAACCCUUGCAGUAACUUCAAUGAUAAUAAUGACUAUGUUGAAAAAUACCCCAAUGUUAAUAAUAUUGAUUAUAAAAAACUCCUAAAAAAUAAAAAAAUCGAUCAACAUUGGAAUAGCAUUUGUGCAUUUAUAAAAUUCAUUAAUAGUUAUGAUAAUAAAACUACUAAUAAAAAUGUGUGGAGUUUGAGGAACGUAAAUUCUAUGAAACGGUCAAAUUCAUUUAGUUGUUAUGAAAAUAAAACUGUUUAUUUUGAUUAUGAACAUGAUAAAAAUUAUUUAUCAGAUAGCUUUUUACAAAUAAAAAUUUCAAAAAAAAAAUUAAUUCAAAAGAAUAAAAUAUAUAAUUAUAAAAGUAAAACUUCACAAUUUUUUUAUAAUCAAUUUGGUGGUAAUACAAGUUAUGAUAAUUUCCCUUACCAUUUAUAUCCAAACAAAGGUGACAUGAUAAAGUUUAAUAAAACCCACAUCACUAAUGAUAAUAAAAUUUUCGAAAAUAAUGACAAUGGUAAGGGUAAAUUGGAGCAAAUUAACGAGCCAGAAGAUGAGCAAAAUCAAAAAGGAAAUAGUUCCCAUAUACAAGAUUCGAGAAUGUUUCAAAUUAUAAAUCAUAAUAAUACAAAGCAUGCUGAUAAUUUUGAAAAUGUUGAUUUUCUCGAAAAUGAACACAAAUGUGAUGGAAUUGAUGAUUCCAAAACUAAUCAAGGCGAUUCAAAUAAAAACAUAUGGAAUAUGCUGAUAAAUAAAUUUAGAAUUAAUAAAUGGAAAGGAAAUGUUAUUAAUAAAAAUGAUGUGAACAAAAAUGGCGAAGCAGAUACAUACAAAUGCAAUUCUACAGAUAACCCUAAAAGUGAAAAGGAGGAAACUAAUAAAUGUACGUACAAUAAUAUAUUUGAUUGUGAUGAUACAAUUAACGAUUUUUAUAAUGAAAGAAAAUAUGAAAUAAUGAGAAAUUAUGUUUUAUAUAAUAGGAAAAAAAUGGGAAAUUAUUUAAACUACGAAAAAUGUAAUGGGGAAGCUAAAAAAAAAAACAAUAAUAAUUCCGAUGUCUUUGAAGGCAGUCAAGAAAAUAACAAUGCUCAUAAUUAUGAUAAGCAUUUGGAAAUGGAAAAAAAUAAUAUUAAUCCCUAUAUAUAUUCAACUAAAUCGAGUUCAUACGAACAAAAAUCCAACAUAGAUGGUGAUCUUUAUAUGAACUCUGAUUCGAAAAAUGACAUAAAAAUAUUAUUUGAUGAAUAUUAUUUAAAUAAUGAAAAUGUAAUGAAUACCCCUCCCAAAAGUAAAUCAUUAAAUAGUUCAGAUAUAAAUUAUCACAAGUUUUUAAUUUCAAACAAUAAUAAAAUGUUGACACAAAAAAGCAAUUCUUUUAGUAGAUUAAGUACAAAUGAAUUUGUAAAUUUCCCAUUUGAAGAAUAUAAUGAUGAAAAUAUAUCUCCAUUAAUCAACCAAAGUAAUAAAAAUAUAAUGAUAACAGAAAAUGAAAUAAAUAAUAAUUUUAUAAAAUUAGAAAACGAAAAACUAUAUAAUUCGUUUAAAGAUGACAUCAAUAAAUUGGAUUCAGAAAAUCAAAUAAAAAUAAAUGAUGAUUUAAAUAAUAUACAUAAUAAUAGUGAUAAAAAAAAAAAUAAAAUUUUACCAAAUUAUGAAAAAUUUAUUGCAAGUGUCAAUUAUUUUAACAGUUUAUCAUCACAAAUUUAUUAUCCGGAUGAAUUAAUGAAAACAAUUCCGAUGGAAAAUAUUAAUGAAACCAUUCUAAAUAAUUCUAACAAUUUAUAUGUUAAUAAUAUAUUAAUGAAAAAACAAAAAAGUUAUAACAACAAUGAUUCUAGGGAAAAAAAUGCGAACGUAAAAUCGUUGGUCAAUGAUUAUUUAAAUGUCAUUGAAAAUACAAAGCCAGUUCAAAAUAAUAAUAAUAAUAAAGGUAGAAAAAAAAUGGCCAAAAUCAUUCCUACAAAAAAUCCAUUAAAAAAUUAUAUAAUAAACAGUAAUAAAAAUGAAGCGAGUAUAAAAAAAAAUGCGAAACAAAAUCAGCAUGUGCAACAGCUAAAACUAAAUAACGAAAAUAAAAACUCAAAAAAUAAAAGUAAUGAUAAAAAUGCAUUAAAAAAAGAUUUGAUUGGAGGAAACGCUGGAAAUAGAAAGGACGUGGAAAAAGGCGACAAAAAUGAUAAAAGUGAAAAAAAUGAGAAAAAUGAAAACAAUGAAUACAUAACAUUUAGCAUGCGAUGCAACGAAAAUAAAAACAUUAUUAAGGAACUAAUAAGAAAUCGAAACAAUACAUUAAAUGCAAAAAUAUCGAAAGGAAAUGCUUCUAAUCACCCUCUAUCCUAUAAUGAUAUAGACGAUGAAUAUGAUGGAAAACAUAUAAAAACAACAAUAUUAAAUGCAAAAAAUUUAAAAAAACAUAUACUAAGUAGCAGAGUAAUUAUAUAUUCAAAAGGAGCUUCUUUAACAUUUAAUGUUGAAGAAAUAAAUAAAAAUAGUAUUUAUUUUUAUAAUAACGAAGAAAUUGAUAUAGUAAAUGGAAACAAUGCUACUGAAUUUAAUUCGAACAACACCAAUGUUGCUGCAAAUAAUUCUAACACUACUAAUACAAAUAAUAAAAAUAAAAAAAAUAUUGAUGAUGCUAAUAAAGAUCUACAAAAUGAUAUAGAAAGUAGUAAUAUAUAUUUCAAUUAUGCCCAUAAUAUUAAUUUUAGCGAUAAUAAUAAUAUAGAAUUAAAUAAAAUGAAAAAAGUUGUUACUCAAGUUUUUACUUAUGAUUAUAAAAAAUUGGUUAAUGAAAUUAGUUUGUUUAAUGAUAAUAUAAAAUUACAAAUUCCCAACUUAAAGUAUAAAUUUAAAAAAUAUACACAUUUGGACGAUGAUAAAAAUAAAGGGAAAAAAAAACAAAUUUAUCAAAGCCAAUUAGAUAAUCAAACAAGUCAUUCAUAUACUAACCAUACCAAAGAACAAUUGAAUAAUGCUAUUAAAAAUAAUGAAUACAACGAUGAAAACUGUUUGGAUGGCAAGAAUAGUAAUGUAAGUAAUGGUGAUGAAAAUUAUGAUAAAAAUCUCAAUAUAAAAAAUAGUAAAAAAAGUAAAAUCAAAUUAAAGAAUAAUAAUAAUAAUAGCAGCAUUGAUUACUAUAAAAAUGAUGAUACAAAAAACAAUACUAUUAAGAAAAAAAAUAAAGGAAAAAUUACAAAAAAUAAUAAAAAAAAUAAUACUAUUAAUUUGGAGACUAGCAAAAACUUAGAAAUUUCAGAUAAUCACAAUUUUUCUGAAAAUGAUGACCAAGAUAAAACAAAAAAUGAAAUUUAUUAUUCCAAAGAAAAAAUUACUACAAAUAAAAAUAUUUUAAAACCUGAAAUGAUCAUAAUAAAUGAUCAAAUAAGAACUGAAAAAUUAAAAAAAGUAAAUAAAACUCAGCCAAAACAUGUUGCAAAAAACAAUACAAAAAUUCUUUUCAACAAUGACAAUAUUAUUAAUAACGAUUAUGAUUCUUUUAAAAUUGUAAAACAGAUAAAUAAUAAUAAAAUUAAAAAAAUAUCAAACAAUGAUAAUGACGAAGAAGAGAAAGAAACCACCAACCAGCAACAAAAUGAAUAUAAACUCGAGUUAGAAAAAUCAAAACAUGAACAAAAUAUUAUCAUCCCUAAUGACCUCACCAAUUUAACUGAUCAAAUUGAUAAAAAAAAUGACAAAUUGUUAACGGAUAAUAAUAACAUGGAUCAUAUUUUAAAAUCCAAAGAACAUAAAGAUAAAAAUAGUGAUAAUAUUAAACAAAAAUAUAAUUAUAGUAGUGGUAGCACUCUUCUUCCAAACGAAUUCGAUGGAAAUAGUGGUGAGCAAAGUCGAAAAAGAAAACGAAAAUAUUCAAAUAAUGAUAAUAUUAGUGGUGAUUACUACCAUCUUGAUGAUAAACAAAAUAAAAUUCAUAAAAAAUAUAAAAAAAAUAAAAUGGGUGUAACAAAUAAUAAUACAAGUCAAAACGAAGGAUCUUCUGCUUAUGAUGGAAAUUCGAAUAUAUAUGAAGAGGAUGAUAACAGUCAAAUUGAUCAAGAUAUAUAUGAUAAUAAUAAAAAUAAACAUAAAAAUAUUUCGAAACAUUGGAAUGAAAGUUCUUAUAAAUCAAAAGAGAGUCGUCGUCCAAUUAGCUCGGAUAGAAAAAGCAACCGUAAAGAAACAAACUUCCCAACUGAUAAUCAUUUACAAGAUAAAGAAAGCAAAGAUGAAAGUGGAUUCUUUAUUAUUGACACGAGCAAUAGAAGUAAAAGAAAACGAUGUAUACUUGAUGAUGACGAAGAAGAGGCAGACUACAAACAGAUAGAUUAUAAUAAAAAAGAUGAUUCAAAUGAUCAUAAAAAAAGAUGUUACGAUGCAAAUAAUGACCGCGAUAAAAGUGAAUAUAAUAAACAUGAAAAAGAAUAUUAUUAUUAUAAAGAUAAAUAUUACGAUGAUAAAAAAUAUCAUAAAAUUAAAAGAAAAAAAUCGUACAGUAAUGAUAGCCCAAAAAAUAAAUACCAUGAAAAUUAUUUUGAAAAAGAAGAAUAUGGUAAAAGUAAAUAUUAUGAUGAUAAAUAUUAUCGAUAUAAAAAAAUGUAUCAUAAUAAUACAUUUAAUAAAAAUGAAAUCGAUAAAAACAAAUACUAUAAUAGAAAUACAAAUCAAUAUAAUUAUUAUGAUUACUAUCGUCGAAAUAGUUACUCGUCCUAUAGUGAGAAUAAUGACGAUUCUGAUGCCAGGUAUUAUUAUAAUAAAAGGAACCGAGAUGACAAAAAUAGUAGUAGACCCAUUAUUGAAAAUGAAGAAUAUCGAGAACAUUUUUAUCAUAAUCACCAUAAAGAAUAUCAUGAAUAUCGCUCGAAAGAUUCAUUAAAUGAUAUACAUAACAAUAAAAUACACAGAAACAAUAAUAAGAGUAUCGAAUCAGAAAAAAAACUUAAAGAAAAUAAAUAUAAUAAAUCAUAUGAUAGUGCUAAUUAUAAAACUCAUAAUUACGAUGAUAAUAAUGAAAAUGAGACAAAUUUUAAUAACAAAUAUGAUAAAUUCAACAAAAAUAAUGGCACAGAUGAUAACAAUGGGGACAUCACCCAUAUGGACAAUGAAAAAGUAAAUCGUGAUAGUAAAAUUCGAAAUCGGUCAAUGACUAAUGAGGAUAAUAAAUAUGAUAAUAUUCAUGAUGUAUCUAAAAAUAAGGGUAUAAAUAAAGAAGAUAUGAACCCUAAAUAUUAUAAAAAUAAUAACCCAUAUUACUCAGAUAAAUAUGAUGAUCGACACAGUAAUAAUAAUGAACACGAUAAAAUAAAUAAACGAUUUAGCAAAAAAUAUGAUUUUAAGUAUGAACAUCAAAAUGAAAAUAAAUAUAAUAAAUAUGGAGAAUAUGAAAAACAUAAUACUAAAUAUGAAAAUAACAGAUAUGACAAAUAUGGCCAUAACAAUAAUAAAUAUGACAACAUCAGGCAUGAUUGUCAUCAUAAUAGGUAUAAUAAUAGUAGAAUUGAAGAUCGUCGAUAUGAUCGGAAUGAACAUUAUAGAUAUGAUAGGAACGAAUAUCAUAAUAAAUAUGAAAGGAAUGGAAAUAAUUAUGAGAAAUAUCCAAAUAAAUAUAACAAUAGUAAUAGGCAUAACAUAAUAAAUAAGUACGAAAAAAAAAUCAAACAUGAUGACGAAGAAUUAUUUUCUAAUAAUACCAUUGCACCUCCAAAUUCAGAAGAAAAAAAUAACACCAAUAAAACUUAUAAAACCGAAGAUAAUUUAAAGAGUAAAAAUAUCAAUGAGGAUAAUAAUUACGGGCACCCUAUCGACAAUAAUGAUAACAACAAUAAAGAUGAACUUAAUAAAUACAACGGAGAAAAGUAUAAUACUGAAAAAAAUAAUGAUGAAAAAAACGAGCAACAUGAACGAAAUAGUGAACGACGAAAUAUUGAACGGGAUGAUAAUAAUAAUGGAGACAUAAUAAGUGGUGAUUAUGAAAAAAAAUAUCCAGAUUACAACAAAUACGAAAAAGAACAUUAUCCAAAAAAUGGCGGUAAAAAAACUUUUUAUCAUCCUGAAAAUUAUUAUAAAAAUAAACACACCGAAAAUUAUAAUGAUGAUGAAUAUCAUUAUAAAAAAUAUAAUAAAAAUUAUGAUUAUUAUGGAAAUGGAGAAAAAUAUAGCAUGAACAAUAAUUAUAACAGAAACGGGCAUUUUCAUACUUAUUCAAAUAAAAAAUUAAUUAAUAAAAACUAUAAAAAUUAUUAUCCACAUAGAAAUAAUAGUCCAACAAGGGAUGACAUUAUAAAAAAUAAAAUGAGAAAUGAAAAAUUUACAAAUAUGAACAAUUCGAAAUAUGGAAAUAAUAUCCAUAUCAAACAAAAUCGAAUACACAAAUUUUAA